GUCUCCCGCGCCCCGCGGCAGGACCGGCCCGCGCGCUCCCCGGGGUGCGCCCCCUCAGUCCCGCGCCCUCCGGGCUCGCAGGGACACCCUCCUCCUCCCCGCGCGCCGCGGCCCCGCCCGGCUCGGCCCCCGCCCCGCGCCGGAGCGCGCCGAGGAUGUGAGUCCUGCCCGCCGCCGCCGCCGGAGCAGCAGCCACUCGCGCGCGGAGCCCGAGCGCAGCGCAGCUCAGCUGCGGGCGCUCGCUGGGUCGCUCGCGCGGGCUGCGCGCUCCUGCCCCAGGCGGUGUCCCCCUGCCUCUCGCCGGCCCCCGGCCCCGCGGCAGCCCCGAGGGCCGUCCCCGGCCGGCCAUCCCCGGCCCCAGCGCCGCUGACCCUGUCCUCCGCGGGCGGGGACGCGGGCGGAGGAGGUGCCGCCUCGGAGCCCCCGGACGCGACCAUGUCGGAGGUGCUGCCCUACGGCGACGAGAAGCUGAGCCCCUACGGCGACGGCGGCGACGUGGGCCAGAUCUUCUCGUGCCGUCUGCAGGACACCAACAACUUCUUCGGCGCCGGGCAGAACAAGCGGCCGCCCAAGCUGGGCCAGAUCGGCCGGAGCAAGCGCGUUGUUAUUGAAGAUGAUAGGAUUGAUGACGUGCUGAAAAAUAUGACCGACAAGGCACCUCCUGGCGUGUAACCGCCCCAAAGACAAUGAGUUGAGGGAGGGAGAGGAUAAGAAGAGUGGCGGGCCGUAACAGUUACCGACGAAAGCACGAGGAGGAGAAAGCACUUUGAAAUUUACUGCUAGCUUGCUACCUACGAUGAAACCAACAACCUGUGUCUCAUGUCAGGCCGGGAGAGAGAUGAGGUGGGAGGAGGAGGAAGGGGAGGAGAAGGCUCUGGGCUCCUCUACAAAAAAACAAAAGUUUAAAAAAAAUUAAAAAAAAAUCACAUAUACACACAUAUAAAGAAAAGAGUCUCAGUUGCAGCUGUUUGUCAAAAUUAAUACCUGUUUCCUUUUAUAUAUGGUAAAUCUUGUGCAGUUCUAGAUCUGGGUUUUGAAGCACCUCCUGAAGGCAGCACCGAGUACUUGAAGGUGCUCGCGUGCUCGCUGAUUUGGCUGUCCCUGACGUUUACAUUAUUUAACCUUGCAAAAAUGAUCCCGUGCACUUGGAUGUGACAUGCUGUCGAGUUUUAUUUUUUAAUGUUGUUUAUUCUUGGAUGUACAAAAGAAAAUUGGGGAAAAAAAUGAUCUCUGUAGAUACUGCUGUACUUCGGUCAUCCUUUGAAGUUAUCAGAAAUGUGGUUAGAAGCAGAAGGCGACUUUUCCAAGGAAGGAUGCUUAGGAAGAAUCCUUGUCUUCUUUCAAAGAGAUGAACUGUAGAGCUUGAGUUUCUUUGUUGCAGGGAGGCUCUUAGACCGGGUUAAUACCAACAGCGGGUUUUAUGUGUCAGGAAGAAAGAAAAAAACAUAACAGGAAAAACAAGGAAAAAUGCUUGAGCUUUUUCUAACCUCCCCUUGGGGGGUCUUUUGUGUGAGCCCCCUCUUUCCUCCAAUAUUGUGUCACUUUAUUCUCUUUAAUGGACUGUAAAAAUACAAAUGUAAUCACAAGAGUGCCAAAUAUCUUGAAACGCCAAAAGGCAUUUGGGUUUCUUUUUUUCCCUGUGCUCUGAGUCCUUGUACAGGAAUGCUUGGAGUGUCUUUUCUGUUAUUUAUAGGGGUUCUCUUAGGCUCGCCAGCUGCCUGUUUUGCAUGGUAUUUGCAAAAACUGCCUCUUGCGUGAGGAAUCUUUUACCAUUUUUUUUUUUUUUUGGUUUGUUUGCAACUUUGGACCUCAAGAGGUCCCCACCCCCCAGUUCCUUUUCUUAACUCUGUAUUCUGUAUGUUGCACCUUGAACCAGCACACAGGGCUAUUUCUCCAAUGUACAAUAAAGAACUCUUCCUGUGUC